UCUAACGGUGUUAAUCGUCGCGUAAUAAAAAGUGUAAAUAAAAGAUUUCAUCGUAUUACACUUUAGGUUCAUAAUUCAGUUCAAUCGUCGACAACAUCCAAAGAAGACUGCAAAAUUGCACGACAUUCAAAUCAACCAUGUGGCAGUUCAUAAGGUCACGAUUAUUCAGCGUGAUAAUCUGCAUAGGUGCUGUUCAUGGGGUGCUAGUCGUAGGUCCGAAAUAUAUCCGGACCAACCAGGAAUACACACUAGUGAUCAGCAACUUUAACUCAAACCAAACCAAAGUGGACUUGAUAGUGAAGCUAGAAGGCGAAACUGAUAAUGGUUUAAGUGUGUUAAACUUUACCAAGACGGUCGUCGUGCGACGUAAUAUGAACCGAAUGAUCAACAUCAAUAUGCCCGAGAGUCUGGCUGGAGGGAACUACAAAAUUACUAUCGAUGGACAGCAAGGCUUCAGUUUUCACCAGGAGGCAGAGCUGGUGUAUCUCAGCAAAUCGAUAUCGGGGCUAAUACAGGUCGAUAAGCCCGUGUUUAAACCUGGGGAUACGGUGAACUUCCGUGUGAUCGUGCUGGACACGGAGCUAAAGCCACCGGCGAGGGUCAAGUCGGUUCAUGUAACUAUCCGAGAUCCUCAGCGCAAUGUGAUUCGCAAAUGGUCCUCGGCAAAACUGUAUACCGGUGUGUUCGAGGGCUAUCUGCAGAUAGCACCUACUCCUAUACUCGGAAUCUGGAAUAUCUUGGUGCAGGUGGAGGGAGAAGAGCUUGUGUCAAAGACGUUUGAGGUGAUGGAGUAUGUGUUGUCAACGUUCGACGUGCAGGUCAUGCCCUCGGUGAUUCCACUGGAAGAGCACCAAGCUGUGAAUCUUACAAUCGAAGCGUACUAUCACUUUGGUAAGCCAGUGCAAGGAGUGGCCAAGGUGGAGCUUUAUCUAGACGACGAGUUGAUAGAUCAGAAGAAAGAACUGAAUGUGUAUGGAAAGGGUCAAGUAGAGUUGCUGUUUUUUGGUAAAUUUGAAAUGUACGAAGAUCAGCAGGAUGUACGAGUGAAGGUGACGUUCAUCGAGCACUACACAAAUCGUACGGUGGUGAAACAGUCACAAAUAACGGUAUACAAGCAUGCGUACCGUGUACAGUUGAUCAAAGGGAAUCCACAUUUUCACCCUGGACUCCCGUUUAAGUGUGUGCUUCAGUUUACACACCAUGAUGGAACGCCAGCCACAGGCAUUACCGGUAAAGUGGAGGUAUCCGGUAUAGGAUUCGGAACGACAGUCACGAGUGAUAACGAUGGAUUGGUCAAGCUCGAGCUGCAACCAAGUGAGGGUAUCGAAUCAAUAGAUGUUAGCUUUUUAAAUAAUCAAAAUGGAUUGAUCUUCGAGGAAACAAUGUAUAAAGAAGAAUCCUACACGAAUGCUUACAUCAAAUUGGAGCUGAAAUCAUCCAUCAAUCUGUACAAACUGAUGCGAUUCAUGGUGACGUGCACGGAGCGCACGACUUUCUUCGUGUACUAUGUUGUGUCAAAGGGCAACAUAAUCGAUGCAGAUUUCAUAAGGCUUAAUAAGGAAAUGACUUACCACCUGCAACUGAACGCAACGGAAAAGAUGAUUCCGAAGGCGAAAAUUCUCAUCGCUACCGUAGUGGGCCGCACUGUGGUGUAUGACUGCAUGGAUCUUGAUUUCCAAGAGUUUCGCAAUAAUUUUGAUUUAAGCGUUGACGAGCAAGAGAUCAAGCCGGGACGACAAAUCGAGCUGAGCAUGUCUGGACGCCCAGGAGCGUACGUUGGGCUGGCUGCGUAUGACAAAGCCUUGCUUUUGUUUAACCAGAACCACGACCUGUUCUGGGAAGACUUCUUGAAGGUGUUUGACGGGUUCCAUUCGUAUGAUACAAAUGAAUUCGACCUGUUUCACACCAUGGGACUGUUUGCCAGGACACUGGACGACUUCUUUGUUCAAAAUUACAAUCAUAAAUCAGAGCGCAAUGGACAGCACAUGGAGCAAACGGUGGUCAGGAAACAGUUUGUGGAGUCAUGGCUUUGGAAAAAUGUGACCAUUGGAAGCUCUGGUAGUCUCAAGUUGACUGAGGUUGUACCGGAUACUACGACUUCCUGGUAUCUGAUGGGCUUCUCGAUUGAUCCCGUUGUCGGGUUGGGUAUCAUUAAGAAACCGAUCGAGUUCACAACGGUCCAGCCGUUCUUUAUCUUGGAAUGCUUGCCAUAUUCAAUCAAGCGAGAUGAAGCAAGCGAGAUUCAAUUUAUUCUUGUCAGUAACCUUCAAGAAGGGCACACCAUUGACGUGACGCUAUAUAAUGAGAACAACGAGAUGGAGAUCAUAGGACGUUCGAUUGAAAAUGUAAACUACACCAAAUCGGUUCACGUUCUACCGAAGGUGGGGAAGCCGAUUUCAUUCCUGGUGAAAGCAAAGAAGCUCGGUGAGAUGAUGGUUCGUGUGAAAGCCUCUAUAUCCAAUGGAAUUGCGACAGAUGCUCUGGAGAAGGUGAUACGGGUCAUGCCAGAAAGCUUGGUACAGUCAAGAGUUGAAUCGUUCGGAUUUUUCAUGGACACGCACCAGAAUCAAACGUUUUUGGUGAACCCAAGCAUCGAUAAAAAGGCCAACAAAGGAUCGGUUAAGUUCGAACUCAGAGUCAAUCCUAACUUACUGAUCACCGUUCAGGAAAACUUGGACAAUAUUCGCGCAGAUAUUAGUGGAUGUAGCGAAAGCAUAAAAGACAUGCUUCAUUUCGUUGUUCAUGACUACCUGGUUGCCAUUGGGUCAACACAUCCAUAUGAAUCCAACGAUAAUGUAAAUAGAUUUUUAAUUAAUGUGGAUCUACAGAAAUGCUUCAAAUCCAAUGGUUCAUGGCGGAAUAAGGUAUUUGAAACUGCAUUUCUAGUAAAUGCAUUGCAAGAUGCAGCCAAAUAUAUAUACUUCACUGAUAGACUUAAACGUGAGAAAGCAUUUGACUGGCUGGCCUCACAACAACACCAUUCCGGAAGUUUCAAAGAAACCGAAACCGAUCUGCACUAUAAACGCAGUGACGUCGCACUAACGUCGUAUGUGUUGGCAGUCAUGCUGGAAAAUGAAAGCGCCAAAGUGCAGCACGCUGUGGUGAUAGAAAAGGGAAUGAGUUUUCUGAGCGAUCAAUUGGAUUUAAUCACAAGUGCAAAUGAUUUGGCGAUAGUGACCUAUGCGAUGAUGUUGUAUGGGCACGGGCUAAAGGACGCUGCGUUCGAAAAGCUGAUCGAUGUGUCAACCAUCACAAAUAAUGGAGCGGAACGAUAUUGGAACACGUCGAACAGCGUAGAGGCAACGUCUUUUGCUCUGCUAUCGCAUGUGAUGGCCAACAAGUUGCUAGAAGCUUUGCCAAUAAUGCGUUGGCUGGUGAAUCAGAUAAGCGAUUUAGACAGUGUUGCUGGACAAGAAAAUACCUAUUUGCGUCUCAAAGCACUGUCCAGGAUGGCAAAAAAGAUAUCUCCAUCCCGGAAUGACUAUACGGUACAGCUAAAGUACAAGCAGAGUACGCGAUUGUUGCGUUUUGAUAAAUACAGCAAUAUGAUACAAAACAUUACCACACCGCAAGGCGUAAGGAAGAUCGAAAUCACAGUAAUGGGUAUUGGGGCUGGAUUGCUGGAGGUAAUUUAUCAAUACAGCUUGAAUCUCACGAACUUCGAGAAUCGAUUCCAGCUAGACUUACAGAAACAGAAAACUAGCUCCGACCACGAGCUGAGGCUGAAGGUGUGUGCCAGCUUCAUUCCCACCGUGUCUGAAAGUCGAUCAAACAUGGCGCUGAUCGAGGUGACGUUACCGAGCGGUUACGUUGUCGAUCACAAUCCGAUCAGCGAGCAGACGACGGUGAAUCCGAUCGAUCAUUUCGAGAUUCGUUACGGUGGCGCAAGCGUCGUUGUAUACUACAAAAAUAUGAGCAACGUGAGGAACUGUUUCACCGUGACCGCGUACAGACGCUUUAAGGUAGCACUGAAGCGUCCUGCGUAUGUGGUUGUGUAUGACUAUUAUGAUGCAAAUAAGAACGCCAUCAAAAUGUAUGAAGUGGACAAGCAGAAUGUUUGCGAAAUCUGCGAAGAAGACGACUGCCCCGCAGAGUGCCAGAAAUAGUGGUAGCGUUAGAGUUAAGCAGAGCUUGUAAUGCUACAAAAUGCAUGUUUUGAAAAAGAUUUAUUUCUAAUACAAUUAUAUUUUUAAGAAAGUUUAAAUAAUGCCUUUUAUUAAAGGGAUAAAGUCAAUAAGCCUCUUUAUUUUACUGCAUGCCAUUUGUUUUUAUACAAAAAGAGCACAUACAUCCUUAAUAAUACAACAAACUGGAUAGCGCUAGGAGGUAAUUGUGCAAUUUGUCAAUUGUUGCACACUGCAUAUAAAUUAUCAUUUUUCCAAAUAAAUGCAUAGUUAAUUCAAAACUGUUUUAUUACGCGAUAAACAUCGAGAAAUCAACAAAAAAUGCAUUGUGGCAUUUUUUACAAGUCUAACACGAUUCCAUUACGUUAGGAUUUCUAGGGCAUUGGUUUUACCAAUGCUUAAAAAAUAUACGAAAUUAAAGCCCAUUUUUACCUAAUCAAAUUAACGGCUAUCUAUCGAUGGUUUCAAAACGCAUCAAAAUCUAUAGGAUGAUGCUAUGAAAUUAAUAUCACAAAUUCUUACAUUGCAGACGAUUUUUAUCAUUCCUAUUUGAUCAUUUACCCACAGCAUACGCCUCAAAAAAUGAAGUAAAGUCAAAUGGUUUCAGAUAACUUGAAUGAGAGCGCUUAAUUAAGCGAUUACAAUUAAGUUAACAUUGUUUUAAAUUGUUUGUUUGCAUUGUACAAGCGUGAGUGUGCUUUAAUCAAUUUCGGUUGGAUUUCGCUGCUCCAAUAGGGGGAAUGAAAUGAUCGGUCGAAAAUAUAACCGUUACGAAGCAUUAUGAA